AUGGGUACACCCAUUGAAAAUACCACUUUAACGCAACCACAUGCACCUACCCCUCUAUUGCAACCACAUGCACCACUUGCUCAAAUGCAACCACAUGCAACUACAGCUUUAAUGCAACUACAUGCACCUGAUACUACUUUGCAACAUGCAUCUCAAACCUCACCUUCUACUGUACUAGUGUCUAACGCUAACAAGCAACAAAUAUUAUUAUCCACAGCUAUCGUCAGAAUACAAUCUGCAUCAGGAAAGUGGAUGAACGCUCGAGCUCUUCUGAAUGCGGGCAGCGAGGUCAACAUUGUUGCCCACAGACAGACUUCCUUACUACAGCUAGAACCCAAGCAAGAUCAUAAUUAUAUAUCUAGUAUUGGUAAUACUCUAAAACAUUCUCAAGUAAGUGUUCAUACUAACAUCUCAUCUCGGUACAACAACUACUCAGCCGAUCUCACAUUCAUUGUCAUGGACAAAAUUGCUGUUCCCUUACCACAUAACUACAUACCUACACAACAAGCAAAAUCACUAGCUGACCCUACAUUUUUCAUACCUAGCUCAAUUGAUUUAUUAAUCGGGGCUGAACUUUUCUACUCCAUUUUACAGACAGGUCGUUUGAAACUUGGCUCAAGUUUACGCUUCUUAAUUGAAACUACCUUUGGAUGGGUUGUAUCAAGCUCUUUCGUCCGUGACACUCAUGAACACACAUCUAACAAGAACACAUGUUAG